AUGAAAUUUUCAAUAAUUAUUCCUGCUGUUAUUAUUGCAAUCAUUUUGAAUAUAAUGAAUGGAUUGGAUUUUUUUUUAAAUUUCUCUUCCAUUUAGUAAUAUGAGAAUUGUCAGUAUUUAGAUGUGGAUAUUAAGGGACCUGAAGAUAUGCAAUAAUAUAAUAGGACAACAAUUAUUGUUGGUUCAGGGAAUUUUUAAAAGCUUUAUGCCCAAAAUAGAAUAGAAUUAGAAUAAUAAGGAAUCUAUGCUAUAAUCAAUUCUGAUUAAUAGGAUUUUAAAAUUAUGCAAUUAUAAAUGAUUGGAUAUCCAAAGGAUGUGGCAUUAAACAUUCAUGGGAUUUACCUUAAAAAAUAAAACAACAGAGAUUAUUUGUUUUUGAUCAACCAUGCAUAUAAAUAUGGUGGUGAAAGGAUAGAAAUAUUUCAGGUAUCAGAACAAUUAGAUCUAACAUAUUAACAUUCUAUUUUAAUGGAACAACAAUAUAACGGAAUUUUGAAUGAUUUGAUUGUUAUUGAUAAAAAUAGAUUAUUAGCAACUAUGUCUAUGCCAUUGUCUGACCCUAUUGAAGGUAGAUCUUCGAUGUCAUUUUGGAACUUUGCUUAAACUUUAUUUAUAUUUUUAGCUGGACUUAAAUAAACCUAUGUUAUAGAUUGCAGAUUUGAAACUACUGAAGUAUUGAUACAUCCAUAAUGCAAAAAGCUAUAAGAAACAUCAGGAAAUAUGUUAAAUGGCAUAACAUGGAACAGACUUAACACAAUUUGGGUUGCAGAUUCUGCUUAAAAAGGGUUUAGUGAAUACUUAAUUAAAGGUGAAACUUUAGAAUUUUCAAGAUUUUUAUAAACAACAACUCGAAUAGAUAAUGUAGAAUUCCAAGAAGAAACAAAUACGAUCAUUUUUGGUUAAGGAUUACAAUUUUCUGGUUUUUUUUCAUUAUUAUCAUUUAUGAAAACAGUAGAUUUAUAAAGAGAUACUUAAUUUGAACAUUGGGGAUCUUUAAGUUAAUUUAAUUUGACAUCAAAUUCGUUUGAGGUACUUGUUUAAAGUAAGAAUCUAUCCAAGGGAAUUUCAGGAGGGUUAGCAAGUGGACAAAAUUUAUUCAUUGGAAGUUGGUGUGACAUCUCUGUUAUGGUUUGUUAAAAAAAAAAGGAAUAAUAUUAGUGA